ACGCGGCGCUCUGUCUCCACGGAGUACAGUACAGCUAAACAUGGCGGUGCCCAGUGCUGCACUCGUGCGUCUCCGAGUGCUGUGCAACCUUGGAGGUAAAAUCAGCGGGACAGUGACCAAAACCCGACAGAACGGCAUCUUGAUCAGUCGGUGUAGAAAUGACUUCGAGAGGAGAUAUGGGACGAAAGCCGAGACGAAAGCCAGAACGCUGCCGAACCACAGAGCGGCUCAGAAGAGACCGGGGAACCUGAAGGAACCGAAGCAGCUCUUGAACGAAACGCUGUCCCGCCGGCUAGGCGUUUCUGACCUGUCCGAAUUCAUCGAGUACAAUGUCAGUGAGGGAGCCGUCAAGAGGGCUACGUUGACCGUCCGGUGGCCUGAGAUGAUAGAGGUGGAGGGCUUUGGGUCCAGGAAGGUCGAAGCAGAGCGGCAAGCCGCAGCCGCCGCCUGUCAAAGGCUGAGGGAACUGGGAGUGCUGGAGCCAGGGAGCAGCCUUUCAGGAAGUAGUUUGGGCCAGGUCUCUAUGGAUGUGGUGGCAGAUAGGAGAACAUCAGACAUUGCUGAUUUCCCAUACCCCCCCCAGGCUGGUACACAAGGCCCCCCUGACCCUCCCAGGUCGUCUCAGAGGGCCGACGAUGUGGCCCACGCUCUCUCCUUGUUCCCCAAACCAAAGGUCCGUCUGGCGCAGGUCAUUCAGGUGGCCACGUCUUCCUCCAGCCUCAGAGAGCUGCUUCAGUACAGCACACAGGGGGACAGGGUGGUGAAGACGUGUAAGCUGACCCUGCUGUGGCCGAAGGAGAUGACCUUUGAGACCUCGGCGAAGCGCAAGGUGGAGGCGGAGAACAGGGCCGCAGCACUGGCCUGCCUCAGGCUGAAGGAAAUGGGGCUUUUGGGCCGGAAUAACAUGCCCCUGACCCACGCCAUGUACCACAAGCAGGAAGUGCGUAUGAUGGGUCAGAUGGCGCGGAGACCCCUCACCUUGGAGCUCCCCGAACACCUGGAGGACCAGCUGGCAGACUACCUCAGACAGUAUCCAGCAGAAGAAGCGAUGCAGAAGCUUUGGGAGGAAGAGGAGGAGAGAGCAGGACAACCAUCAAUCAUGGAGGAUGAAGAUGAGGUCAUUGUAGAUGCCAUAACAGGCAGUCCGUAUCAGCCCCUGUCCCCAGAGGAGGCGGAGCUUCUGAACGAUAGCCUCCGGUUGCAGUGGAAGGAGGCGGAUCCCAGCUUUGGGGUGGAGCUUCCCGUGGACGCGCACCGGGAGCGUGUGGUGUCGGCUGUGGAGGCAGAACGGGUGACCAUUAUUGUCGGGGAGACGGGGUGCGGGAAGACCACACGCAUACCGCGCUUCCUGCUUGAGAGCCGUGUUCACGGGGGCGACGGGGCGCGGUGCAACAUCCUGGUCACCCAGCCGCGCAGGAUCAGCGCCGUGUCUGUGGCCCACAGGGUGGCUCACGAGCUCGGACCUGAUCUCCAACACUGUGUGGGGUACCAGGUGAGGCUGGACAGCCGUCCCCCAGAGCACAGCGGGGGAGCCAUGCUGUUCCUGACGGUGGGCGUGCUGCUGCGGAAGCUGCAGAGCAACGCGACGCUGCAGGGGGUGAGCCACGUGCUGGUGGACGAGGUGCAUGAACGUGACGUCAGCAACGACCUGCUGCUGGCCCUGCUGCGCACCGCCCUGCAGCACAACCCCGACCUGCGCGUGGUGCUCAUGAGCGCCACGGGCGACACAGACCGCCUGUCCCGCUACUUCGGGGGCUGCCAGGUACUGCGCGUGCCUGGGAUCAUGUACCCCGUCCGCCAGCGAUACCUGGAGCAGGUCCUGCAGGAGAUGGGACGGCCUGCCCCCAGGACAAGCCUCGCCAGUGCUAGUAGCCAGGUGGAUGAUGAUGAUGCCACUCCUGACCUGGAUCUGGUGGCAGAUGUGAUAGAGCAUAUUCACAAGUGUGGAGAGCCAGGGGCAGUACUGUGUUUCUUGCCUGGCUGGCAGGACAUCCGCAUGGUCCAGAAGAUUCUAGAGAGGAAACCUGAUUUCCAGGGCAACGGCUGUCUAAUUCUGCCCUUGCACUCCAGCAUGUCCGUGUCAGACCAGCAGACCGUCUUCCAGCGCCCCCCUGCAGGCCAGCGCAAGAUCGUCCUGGCAACCAACAUCGCAGAAACCUCAAUCACCAUCGACGACAUCGUUCACGUGGUGGACCUGGGCGUUCAGAAAGAGGAGCACUACGACCCGCGUACCAAGGUCUCCUGUCUCGACACUGUCUGGAUCUCGCGCUCAAAUGUCACCCAGCGCAAGGGCAGGGCUGGGCGUUGCCAGCCUGGGCACUCCUACCACCUGUUUCCAAAGGGACGUCUGGAGGCAAUGCCAGACUUCCCCAUCCCUGAGAUACUGCGCACCCCCCUGGAGAGCUUAGUGAUGCAGGCCAAGGUUCACAGUCCAGACAGCCAGGCUGUGGACUUCCUGUCCCAAGUUAUUGACAGUCCAGACAAGGCGGCAGUAGAAGAGGCCAUCAUGAACCUGCGGGAGAUUGGGGUUCUGGAUGGUAGCGAGUCUCUGACCCCGCUGGGGGAGCGCAUCGCCUGCCUGUCCUGCGACCCCAGGCUGGGGAAGGUCCUGGUUCUGGGGGUGCUGUUCCGCUGCGUUCUGCCCCUGCUCUCCGUCACGGCCUGCCUGACCCGGGACCCCUUUCUCAACAGCAUGCAGAACCGGGCGCUCAUCCGAGAGAUUAAGGCUGCCCUGAGCGGCUCCAGCUGCAGUGAUCACCUGGUGCUGAGCCGGGCGGUGCAGGGCUGGCAGAGGGUGAUGCAGGGGCGCAUGCAGAAGCACUCGGGCAGGCAGUACCUGGACGACCACUGCCUCUCUAGCAGCGGCCUGCGCUUCAUACAGGGGCUGACCCAGCAGUUCAGUGAUAAUCUGCAUGAAGCCAGGCUUGUGCCCAAAGCGUUUCACUGCCUUCGGCUGAGUUCCUCCACAAACCACUUCAGCCAGGAGGACCAGCUGGUGAAGGCCGUGCUGCUGGCUGGUCUGUACCCCAACCUCAUCCAGGUGAAGAAGGGCAUGGUGACCAAGGGGGGAAAGUUUCGGCCCAACUGCCUGGCCUACCGCACCCGCACCGGACCCGUCCUCCUGCACCGCUCCACCGUCAACAGAGGAGAGGAGAAUCUUCCUAGUCGCUGGCUCACGUUUUUCACAGCUGUCAAGUCCAACGGACAAGUCUUUAUCAGGGACUCCACUGUGGUCAACCCGCUUUCCCUGCUGCUGCUCACCGACUGCAACAUCACAGAGAGGGUGUCCGGGGGGCGAGUGGAGGUUUCAUUAGGAGAGCAGUCUUUGGUGCGCUGUGAGAUGUCUGUUCAGAGCUGGAAGCUGCUGUGGGAGCUUCGCAUGUCCCUGCACGCCAUGCUACAGAGGCAGCUACUGCGUACCCGCCGAUCCCCCGACCACCACGCCAGCGCCCAGGACCGCCAAGCCAGCGCCCAGGACCUCCAGACCAGCGCCCAGGACCGCCAAGCCAGCGCCCAGGACCGCCAAGCCAGCGCACAGGACCUCCAGCUCAUCGCACUGCUGGUGCAGCUGCUCAACAGCACCGAGCCGGGGACCGAAGUCUCGGAGCCGUAGCGGGCCUCGCCCAGAGAGUAGUCCUCAGCCCCUUUUACUCGAUGCACCGAGUCUGACGCAUGCGCGUGCUGCGUGACAGGGGAAGGUUGAUGUUUAUACAUCAGCCGUCCAGGAGAGGUUGAGCCGGCGUGCCUCCAUAGCUUUACGGCUGUGGAUGGACGGCGGAGCUGCUACUUCAGUGAGUGGGAAUAUUUCAAACCUUCAGGAUGGGGAGAUGGAGAUCAGAGACCACACUAUGGAGGAAGAUUCCACCCUCCAGUGGGACAAAACGUUAUGGGCACUUAACUGAUAGGUUUGGUGGCCCUCCAGUUGUUUGAAAUACCGCCUUUUCCCUUAAACAUGCAGACAAUGUACAUGACUGAAUGGUCCCCAUAGGAUAUGCUGUCCGAGAAAGUGUAGUCCUCUCAUAACAGCUACUUAUAAAAACGAUAAAAUAAGAACAUGAAAUGGACAUACAGUUUGUUUAAUUCUGAGCAUGACCAGAACUUCAUAUAUGUAAUGAACCAUAAUGAAUAUGUAAUACGCAGUCUAAUUGGUGUACCAUCCCAUUUUGAGAAUGAAUUACAAGUCUGACAGAAAUGCCCCUUGUAAUGUCCAGUACUGUUAAUGAGGUGCAGUGCUCCGCUGUGGAUUCAGAGCACAAGCUGAGUGGACGCACUUUGAAAGUCGCUGUCUAAGGGAUUAUGUGUAAAUGCAAAGUUGUGAAAAUGACCUCUGUGCUUGGCUGUGUAGAUAUAGCUAUGUUGUAAUAAAUGAUGUCACCAAUCGGA